GACCACCGCACACACAUGCUGUGGGACUAUGACACGGUGGCAAAUGGAAAUCUAACCAAAGUGCAGCCACAGCUGGGCGCACUACCAGUGGCCAUGCAGCAGCGCUACAUACUGAAAGAUCUGAUGCAAUGUUUGGUGGGGAUAAGAGCCCAGUACAUAGUGCCGGAGGACUUCAUCAUCGAUGCGCAGCUGGAUGGAAGCAUGAGGGAGGUGGUGCAGCAGAUUCUCCCACUAGCCACGUACUUCUCGGGCAUACAGCGAUUGAUGGCAGCCAGCGAUGGCCAUGGACAGGUGCUCAAUGCCUUGAACGCCGCGCUGCAGGAUCUAACCAGCGAUUUCUAUGCGCUAAUCGCACAAGUGGACGAGGAGCUGCAGCGCCAGCGUAUGACCGUGCAGAACUUUCUCUACUAUCUGCAGCCCACCAUGUGGGUAAUGGAGGAGGUCUGGAAGGUGCUGCGGGACAUCCAAGCCAACGAAUGCCGCGGCGGCGCAGUGUUGAAUCUGCUCUACGGACGCAUACGCCUGCUGGAGGGCAACGCGGCAGCCCAGCAGAUGCUGACCACACUGACAAAUGCGGCGGGAGCUCCCUUCAUGCGCCAGCUGCAGCUGUGGAUACACAAGGGACAGCUGGGGCACACCAGCAAGGAGUUCCUCGUGCAGGAUAACGACACGGCAGGACUGCCGGGUCGCCACGCGGAUGACUAUUGGGAGAAACGUUACAGCGUGCGGCACGAGCAAGUGCCGGCAUUCCUCUCACGCUACACGGACAUCAUACUGUCCACAGGGAAGUACCUGAAUGUGAUUCGCCAGUGCGGCAAGGCAACGCUGCCCAUACAAGAGCAGCAACUGGAGCUGGAGCUGGCAGGGACCCACGCUGGGCGCAUCGAGAAGGUGAUCCUUGAGGCCUACUACUUUGCCGCCGGCAUGCUGCUGAAUGUGCUGCUCCAAGAGCACGAUCUGUUGGGGCAUCUCAAGUCCGUGAAGAACUAUCUGCUGCUGGGACAGGGCGACUUCAUCACACUAUUCAUGGACGCCUGCGAGCCAGAGUUGUCCAAGCCCGUGGAUCAUGUGCAGCUGCUGAUCCUAGAGAAUCUGCUGGGCCUCACGUUGCGUUUGUCCAUGGGCAGGCAGGAUCCCUACAACGAUGAUCUACACUGCGAUCUGCUGACCUACGACUUGGUCACACAACUGUCCAAGAUUAUGGGCCAACAGGAGGAGCAGGCGUACGGACAGUCGCAGACACCACGCGAGGAACUGCGCGGCAUCGAGUGCUUCUCCUUCAGCUACGAGGCCAAGUGGCCCUGCUCGAUUGUGCUCAACCACAUUGCCAUUUCCAAGUACCAGAUGCUCUUCCGGCAGCUCUUCUACUGCAAGCACGCGGAGCGACAGAUCUGCAAGAUUUGGAAGCUGAAUCACGCGCCCAAGGAUCGAUCGUACGCGGAACUGCACCGCUCGCUGUGCACCCUGCGGCAGCGUAUGAUGAAUGCCAUCCAAAACAUCGAGUACUACAUGAUCUACGAGGUGAUUGUGCCCAAUUGGCAUCUCUUCAGCGAGCGCCUCAAGCACGUGGAGAAUGUGGAUGAGGUUUUGCUGCACCAUCAGGACUUUCUCGACUCGUGCCUCAAGAGCUGCGUCAUGACGGAGUCCUCGCAGCUGAGUCGCGCCAUCUUUAAGCUCUGCAAGAUCUGCAUUGAUUUUUGCAGCUUUAUAGAGUUGGAGCAGUUGCUGGAGCCGUCGGAGCGGUUUGCGGAGCGUGUUAACUACUUUGAUUUGGAGUUCAAGGAGCUGCUGGUGUCGUUUCUGCAGCAAAUCAUAACAACGGCUAGGAAGAAUCGCAAUAGCUUUAUCAAUCUGGUGUAUCGCAUUAAUUUUAAUGGCUUUUACACUGAAGAAAUGGAGAAGAUAGGCAGGGAGGCAGUUGAAGAGAAGGAGCUAAAGGAAGGGCAAGAACAGGAGCGAGAGCAAGACUAAG